AUGAUUGGCCACAAAAAAGGUAAGACGUUGGGACGUCCAGAGUUGUUUGGCCCUUCAGUGGUUUUAGUUAAUGACAUUGUUGACUUUAAAUGUCAACUGCUGAGCUAUCCAAAGAAUGAAACUGUCCUGCUGGAGUUCUUCAAGGAGGGAAAUCGUAACAAGUCACUGGGGUUCUACAGUUCCUCAGAUGGGGAAGUUGCGACGUUCCCCAUUGUAAUCAAAACUUAUCAUCAAGGCAACCUGGAGUGUGUGGGCACAGUGCAAAACAAUUCUCACGUAGAGCCCUCUGUGAGUUAUCCUCAUAACCUCAAGGUCAUUGAGCCAGUUGCAGGCGCAAAGGUCAUCAUUGAAUUUGGUGGAGAUGAGUUCUUUGAAGGGAAGACACUGCAACUGAGGUGUACUCUGACAUCAGGAAACCAUGCCUUUUUCAAGUGGCUAGUAAAUGGUCAGCCUGUCUUACAGUCGCCGCUCCAUCAUGUUGUAAAGGACCAGCUUUUCAUUUACAGGUCUACCUCCGCAGACAGCGGCUCGUACAUGUGUGUUGCUACAAAUCACUAUAAUGCAACAAGAGUCUUCACAUCCAACAGCUUAGAAGUACAAAUCACUGUCAAAGAUGUCAUAUCAGUCCCUGACAUUUCCUUUAGUGUGCUGACAGAGGAUUCCUUGAACUAUUUUGCUCUGGUCACAUGCCAGUCAAUAAGAGGCACACUGCCCGUCACCUUUUCCCUCUACAAAGGAACAGAAUUGGCUUACAAUACGACAGUUGAUGAAAGAAAAGCUACCUUCAAGAUUCCUUUGGUUUUAGACAGACACUUAGGAUGGUUCCAGUGCCAAGCCAAUAAUGGUAAUGAAGUCGCAUACAGUCAAUGGCUGCCCUUAGAAGUUGUUAGUGUUGGUGGGCCCGUGGCCAUGCACUAUGACUAUGACAUUGGAGAAAACUAUGCUGUAGUUGGCCUCAGGUUCUACUGCAAGGCGACAAAGGGAUCUUAUCCACGGUACCGGUGGUUCCUCAACAAAACACUUCUCCAAGAUCGAGGAGACUUUUAUUACAUAUUCAAUCAGCAACCAGACCAGUCCAUCCUCAUGCUCUCUGUAGAGGGGAGCAUUGCUGGGACAUACCAUUGCGAAGUGUUUGACAUGUUUGACAACACCACUACCAUUAGCAGCAAAAAGAAGUAUAUAGACAAAAAUGUGCUCAAUCGUCUCCCAGUUUCUGUGGUGGCCGUUGUGUUCGGAUGUUUCACUUUUUUGGUUGUCCUGGUCUCUGCUUGUUGUUUCAUUGGAGUGUUGUUCAGGGAAACAAAGAAAGGAGAGAAGUCUAUUUUGAACCAGAAGCUGAGCCAUGCAUAUGAAGAUGAACUGGACAUGUCGGAGUACCAUGAGGACAUUAAUGUGGUGAGGUUGGCCAGAUGGGAAGAAUUAGAUUUGGUAUCAGAAGCUUCUGCAAAUGAUGGGAUGUUUGUGGACGAAACAGCUGAUGAGCCCUGA